AUGCUUCGACAAAUACCAAUUCGAACGGCCGCGGCUGCUCCUAGCUGGCUGCUCUUCCGAUCCUCCUUCCUCAACACCACAAGACUGCUCACCACCGAAGCAGCAUCAACAUCACAAUCCUCUACGCCUCCUCCUUCAUCUUCAGCAGCUGCCUCGGCCAUGUCAACACAGCCAAGGCAAUUGUCCUACCUUGUUGAGCGCACACCUUCGAAGAACCUCUCUGUCUACAACGACGCAAGAGCCGGAGGCACCAAGAAGCAGACAGUGGUCAAGAAGAUCGUGGGAGAUGCCAGAGCCUUGAGAGAUGAGAUUGCCGAGGAGCUGAAGUUCCCCAAGGACGACGUCAAAAUAAAUCCCGUCACCGGUCACAUCAAAAUAAAGGGCUUCCACGCGGACAAGGUGCAAAAAUGGCUGGAGGCUCGGGGAUUCUGA